AUGGACGACAUCGACGACGAAUAUGAACGGCUCGUAGAACAUCUUCACGACUGGACGAGGAAAGCGAAGAGUUUCAAAAUCGAGAGAGGCCUAUUUCAGAAAACUCUAGAGCUGAUUAGCGUGGAGCUCCACGAGCUGCAGGAAACCAAGAACUCACAGAGAAGAGCAGAAGUGCUGGCUGAAGCUGCAGAGGCGGGGAAAAGCCUUCGCUAUGUCCGUCGAGACUUCGCCAGUCACAAGACGAGGAUGACUGCUCUCCGGAACCCAAAGGGAACAGCCAUUGCAUCGAGAAGGGGGAUGGAGAAAAUCAUCUACGACUUCUACUCUGAUCUCUUCGACAGCCAUGUCCACUUCCCUCCUCACCAUCUGAGGGAAGACGGACAUGUCAUUCCAAAGGUCCUCCCUUCCGACAUGCCAUCUUUUCGGUGA